UUUAAAUUCUGAAAUGUAUGAAAAACACCCUUUAGUUCAAAAUCUCCAUUCACCAUAUCCUUGGUAUACUCGUUGUUGGUACUCAAACAACUUCAAAUACAGUCAUUUCUAUGGAGGAACAAUAGAAUACCCGUACAGUCGUUACCCUUUAAAGGAUCUUUACAAAAGCCCUUGGUAA